UGUCAGAUACUGCACCUCUCUGCACUCGAGUGAGUUCCAUAGGUUUACCUAAUUGAUUAUUAAGUAGCUGAUUGGGGAUCAAUUAAGUAAUUAAAGUUGGUUAGGGCAGGGUCGAUUGCUGGCAUGGGACUGAGGACGUGCAUUGAAGUGUGUGUGUGUUAUAGCAUAGCGCUACAGCCUUGCUUUUGCAGCCCUACAUGUCUUUUUACUCUUGUUAGUAAUUGUGGUGUAUACAGUGAUAUUUAGGGAAGUAUGUCCCGUAGAGACAUUUAACUACGCCCUUAAUUGAAUGUUGGAUGUGCGGUAAGAGGAAAUAAAUGGCCCUUGACUGUGAAAGUGAAUGAUACUGUAUCUUCUUAAUAUCGUCACCUUUUCUUUGACCUAUUAUGUUGAAUUGCCUCUGGAAAUAUGGCAGUGGCUGUGGCGGUGGCUUACGCGUUUUUAACCUAGGCAUCGACUGGCAUGAAAUCUAUACAGGAGUAGUGAGGAUUCAGUCUGAAAGAAUAGUGGGGAUUCAGUCUGAAAGAAUAGUGAGGAUUCAGUCUGAAAGAAUAGUGGGGAUUCAGUCUGAAAGAAUAGUGGGGAUUCAGUCUGAAAGAAUAGUGGGGAUUCAGUCUGAAAGAAUAGUGAGGAUUCAGUCUGAAAGAAUAGUGAGGGGAGCGAAUAUGUGAAGGGAUAGAAUAACGACCGAGAACGAUGAUUGACGGUGUCACUUUGAGUGCACAAUAGUACAUUUGGGGGGUUUAUUCUACGUCUUCCCACUGGGCACACACUGGUUGAAUCAACGUUGUUUCCACGUAAUUUCAAAGAAAUUGCGUUGAACCAACGUGGAAUAGAUGUUGAAUUGACGACAAUGGGUUAUGCCUAUCCUGAAAUAUGUUAGCGGUGUAAAAUGGCCCAAUACUUUGUUAAUUGACGCAUAAUUGCACGGUUGAGUAGAAAAAAUUGACAAAGAUUUUGGUAAAACAGAGGAAGGGUGAGAAAGUAUAUGUGACUAACCAGUGAGGAGGCGAGACAUAGGGGCUCCUCUUGUGGCGGCGCGACUGAAAAGAAGAGCGUGAAAGGAAAAACACACACAUACACACAGUCAAACUCGUGCACACACACAAAGACACACACACACAAACCUCAUAUACGAAACACAGGAGCGGAAACGGGUCGAAUCCUACUUCAAAUUCUCUUUCCUCUCGGCUUGUCGACCGGGGAAAACAAACCGACCCGAGGCACAGCGAAUGGGGAUUUACUAAUUAACUACUUACACACAGAGAGAUGCACACCUCCUCCGCUCCCUCCCUCCCUCUGUCAGUUCCCUCCGUCGAGGUUGUUAGUGUAGUGCUGCUUCCACGGUCCCCGGCUCGGUGCGCUACUGGAACAAACGCCUGGAGAGUGAUCUCAGACCUAGGUAGACUGCUCACGCUUUGGCUGUUGAAAGAAUACUGAACCACUGGGCAAAGAGUGUACCAUCACUUAUAGUGCGACGCGGGACUUCCCUCGUCUCUCCGUCCAGAAUCAGCGCGAGGUCCAGCGAGAGGUCCAGUUCAGUGCGGUGUUUGGAAUUCGGGCUUCGGCCUCAGGUGCAUCUCUGAGGUGGGGCGACGCGGGAGUCCAGGUGUAGUGGAGGCAUGGACUGUAACUGCGUCAGUGAUCUGUUGCUCACCCCCCCUGUCCCUGCCCUCUGGACUCCAGGUGAGGCAAGCAGGAUGGGGGCACUUUUUUGCGGAAGCCGGGGCAUCGCCUUCCCAGACUGGGCCUACAAGCCUGAGUCGAGCCCCGGCUCGCGACAGAUUCAGCUUUGGCACUUCAUCCUGGAGCUGCUGCAGAAGGAGGAGUACCAGAGUGUGAUUUCCUGGCAGGGGGAAUAUGGAGAGUUUGUCAUCAAGGAUCCUGACGAGGUGGCCAAAUUGUGGGGCCUCCGGAAAUGCAAACCCCACAUGAACUACGAUAAGCUGAGCAGGGCGCUAAGGUACUACUAUAAUAAGCGUAUUUUGCACAAAACCAAAGGGAAGCGUUUCACCUACAAGUUUAACUUCAGUAAGGUGGUGCUGGUGAACUAUCCUCUGCUGGACAUGGCCAGCUCCCCCUUCCUGCUCCAGAACCACUUCAAUGGGGGCUCUGCCGCGCCAGACUGCAGCCCUCUCACACCCGAGGCCCUGCAGUCACUGUUCCCUCGUUUGCCAGAGUCAGGGAGAGGAACCUCCCUGUUUGAUCGAGUGGCCACAGCCCCGGGACCAGAGGGAGACAAACUGAGACUGGACACAUUCCCAUUCCUCAGCUCAGCCGCUCCCUGUUACUCCAAGCCCCCGUCCCUGUUGGGUCCUUACCCCCGCAACCCUCCCUUCGAUUACCCCUGGGGCUUCAAUCCCUACCUCUCAGGGGCCUUCUCCCUUAACAACUGCCCCAAACUGCCCCCCGGCUCCCUCUACCCCUCCCACUUCUACCCCAACACGCUGCAGACCAGCCUGGGCCAGCUGCCUCACCCCUUCUCCUCCCUACUUCCCCCGGGGGAGGUGGCAGGAGGGGGGGAGAGAGGAGCAGCGGGCCAGACCGGGGUUACUAACGGCACGGCAGGUGGGCAGCCCAGACUCUGCCUGCCUCCUUACCCUGGUGCUCUGUCGCUGGGCCGGACGGACAUUGGCAACGGAGGCUCUGUGGGUGAGAGAGAGAGAAGGGAGACCAAUACCCCAGGCACGGGGCUUGGGUUGGGGAUAGGGUUAGGGUUAGGGCUGGGUCUGGGAGGGAUGGGUCUUGGUGGUGGUGCUGGGGGGCGACAGAGCCCAUUGGAGCGACGAGGCGGGGUGAAGCAGGACCCAGAGUCAGACUCAGAUCUGGAGAUCACAGAUCUGAGUGACUGCAGCUCAGACAACGAGCCUGACUUCAGCAUCACCAAGGAGACCAGGCUGAGCGUCCGAUCACAGAUCCUGGUCCAGGGGAAGAAAGGGGGAGCACUGCCACCUCUCUCCUCCCUCCCUCCCCCCGUGUCCCCCCAUCCCCUCAAGAGCCUGGUGCCCCUCACCCCUCCCCCUCCGUCCCUCCCUCUAUCCCUCUCUCCCUCCAUGGCUCUGGUUGAACGGCACAGGGAGACAGAGACUCUAAAAUUGAUCCACAGCUAAUAGAUUCUAAUAGAUAACUCUCUUUCUCGUUCCCUCCUCUCUCCUCUUCUCUCUUCUCUCUCCCUUCAUGUUAUGUUGUCCUUUAUUUGAGCCAUCUUGCCCCGUCUCUCUGUUUUUUCUUCCUCUCUCUCCACCCUUCUGCUCUCUCUUUACAUGUUGACUUGUCCAACAUAGCUGAGAUGGUGAGAUGCUGAUUUUGACAUUACUGAGAGUCUACCAUGUUUCAGAUGUAUGUGUACUACUUAUUCAUCAUGUGCUCCCACACAUUUUAUUGUCUCAAGGUUUCAGUGAUAUUUUGAGCUUUAACAGCAUUGCACGUUGUUCUGUGCUAUUCAUAUGUUACCGUGUUACUGCAAUGGGUCCAUCAAACUGCAUAAAUAUAACUCAAUGUAUAAUGAAUUACAUUAAAAUAUAAUACUAGAACAAUAAUAAACAACACUACAAUACACACACAUAAGAUUAAUUGCAAUAAUGGCCACAUGAAAUUAUAUCUGACAGAGAUAUUACUUUAGUUUUUUGGGGAUUCCUUUUCUUGGGAUCGGUAUGUAUUUUUCUGUUCAAAACAUAGUCAAACAUUGCCAGCUGGUGGUCUUUAUAGGAGGCUGCUACAGUUCAUUGUUUGUUGGGAAAAAUGAUCAUCCCCAAAUCCAAACAAUUAGUCAUUUUGCUCUGCUAAUGUAAUGCUCUGGUAUUGUAAUGUACAUUUCUAACUCCAUACUUGUUUGUUUUUGUUUAAUGCCAAGUUCAAUUGCUUAACUUUCUUCAGUGAGAGGGAGAGGGAGAGAAAGAGAGAGAGAAAGAGAGAGCAAAAGAGAGAGCUGGACAAAUCUAGAAUUUGUAUCAAUAUUUCAUUGUAUAUAUUUUAUUAUGGUGUACAUUACAUUUAAUUAUUAUCAACAUUAUAAAAGUUAGCUGUGUUGGUGUGAUUUAAUUAUGUAUUUAAAUAAUGUUGGGAAAUUGACAAGUAUAGAUGUAUUAAAGUUUUAAAUAAUUAACAGCAGUCAGAGUAUCUGCGCUGGAAAGGUGUUUUUUCUAUGAGGAGGACUCAUAUAUGGGGAAUUGUCUCAUAUUUUCUCCACCCCAGAUAAUUGUGUCCUUUGGUCAUUUUCCAAGAUGCCCUUUGGGUUUAAAUAUUCUGGUAGUCUUAUUUUUAUAGUUAGCAUUCACCCAGUGUAACUGUUCUGUAAUUUCUCAAAUGUGAAUAAUAUUGGUUUCAGCACAUUCUUUCAACGACAACAAAAAAAUAUGUAGAUUAUUUUUGAGUCUAAGCUUUUUAUCCAUGGCAAAAGUUAGGAAAUAGGUCCCCUUGUAGAAAUUAAAACGAGGUACAAAGUAUCUCAAUACCAACUAGGGACACAGACCAACUUCUCCAUUCCAUGUUGCUCACCUUGAAGCAUAGAGUGCAUACUAACUACCCCACAUUGUACAGAUGCAUUUGGUAUGGUUUGUAACAAGUGGCGGUAUAACAUUAGGUGUGAAAGCCCUAUUGUAAAGGUCAUGUAAUUCUAUAUUUGUUGGAUUCUACCGGAAAUCUCUGUUUCAUGAUCUCUGUGUGGCAUUCACCAACACCGCUGUAAAUACUCUUUCCUUUGUGAAUGUAUGUGUAAACACAUCCAAAAUGAUCAUGCCGUGAAAUAAUGUCACAUUUCUUUGUUUUAUUGUAAAGAGAAAAAAUGGAAAGAGCAAAAAUAAGAAAAAAAUAUUAAUAACUUCUAAAGCAAUAAACAUUAUUCUGGAGAUGGGA